AUGAGCCAAUCAGGGUCCGUGAGCUGUUGCCCGGGUGCUGCCAAUGGCAGCCUGGGCCGGUCUGACGGUGUGCCCAAGAUGAGUGCCAAGGACCUGUUUGAGCAGAGGAAGAAAUACUCCAACUCCAGCAUCAUCGUGCACGAGACCUCGCAGUACCACGUCCAGCACCUGGCUACGUUCAUCAUGGACAAGAGUGAGGCCAUCGCGUCUGUGGAAGACGCCAUCCGGAAGCUGGUGCAGCUGAGCUCCAAGGAGAAGAUCUGGACACAGGAGAUGCUGCUGCAGGUCAACGACCAGUCGCUGAGGCUGCUGGAUAUAGAGUCGCAGGAGGAGCUGGAGAACUUCCCUCUGCCCAGCGUGCGGCACAGCCAGACGGUGCUCAACCAGCUGCGUUACCCGUCGGUGCUGCUGCUCGUGUGCCAGGACUCCGACCAGAGCAAGCCCGACGUCCACUUCUUCCACUGCGACGAGGUGGAGGCGGAGCUCGUGCACGAGGACAUCGAGAGCGCGCUGGCGGACUGCCGCUUGGGGAAGAAGAUGCGGCCGCAGACCCUCAAGGGCCACCAGGAGAAGAUCCGGCAGCGGCUGUCGAUCCUGCCCGCGGCCCCAGGCCCGGCCCCCAUCCUCAUCCAGCGUUUUGGCGGGGACUCCCCUUCCACCAAGAACCGAGUGGGCCUGCUGACGCCGCUGGGAGAACUAGGCCUCCGCCGCCGAGAGUCGCUGGAGGAGGAGCCGCGGGCCGCGCUGGCGCAGAGGAUCGAGAAGGAGACGCAAAUCCUCAACUGCGCUCUGGACGACAUUGAGUGGUUCGUGGCGCGGCUGCAGAAGGCGGCUGAGGCCUUCAAGCAGCUGAAUCAGCGCAAGAAGGGAAAGAAGAAGGGGAAGAAGGGGCCGGCAGAGGGUGUCCUCACGCUGCGGGCACGGCCCCCCUCGGAGGCUGAGUUUGUGGACUGUUUCCAGAAGACCAAGCUGGCCUUCAACCUGCUGGCCAAGCUGCAGAAGCACAUCCAGAAUCCCAGCGCGGCUGAGCUGAUGCACUUCCUCUUCGGACCUCUGGACCUGAUCGUCAGCACUUGCGGUGGCCCAAACAUCGCUCGCUCUGUGUCCAGGCCCCUGCUGUCCCGCGACGCUGUGGGCUUCCUGCGUGGCCACCUGGUCCCCAAGGAGAUGGCGCUGUGGGAAUCCCUUGGGGAGACCUGGACACGCCCCCGCUCCGAGUGGCCACGGGAGCCGCAGGCGCCCCCCUACGUGCCCAGGUUCCACAGUGGCUGGGAGCCGCCCCUGGACGUGCUGCAGGAGGCCCCCUGGGAGGUGGAGGGGCUGGCAGCUCCCGCCGACGAGCCAGCUCCAGUGAGCCGACCAUCCUUUAGAAACUCCCCGAAGCACAGCCUCGGUCCGGAGUCCACGUCCCCAGGAGACGUCCUCCCCCAGGUCAGCUCCCAGCACACUCACAGAGGCUACGAGUCUGCACCAGCCAUGGCCAAGUACGUCAGGGUCCUUUAUGACUUCACGGCCCGCAACGCCAACGAGCUGUCGGUGCUGAGGGAUGAAGUCCUGGAGGUGCUGGAGGACGGCCACCAGUGGUGGAAGCUUCGGAAUCGCAGCGGCCAGGCAGGCUACGUGCCCGGCAACAUCCUGGCAGAGACCCGGCUGGAGGACGCCCCCCAGGAGCAGGGAGUGAAAUACUGGGGUCCUGUCAGCCCGACCCACAAGCUGCCCCCCAGCUUCGCAGGGAACAAAGACGAGCUGAUGCAGCACAUGGACGAGGUCAACGACGAGCUGGUGAAGAAGAUCAGCAACAUCCGGGCGCAGCCGGCUCGGCCCUUUCGGGUGGAGCGCAGCCAGCCGGUGCCCCCGCCGCUCACCCACGCGUCUGGGCCCCGCGAGGUCCGCGCCUGGCUGGAGGCCAAGGCCUUCAGCGCGCGGGUCGUGGAGCACCUGGGCGUGCUGACCGCCCCGCAGCUCUUCUCCCUCAACAAGGAUGAGCUGCGGAAGGUGUGCGGGGAGGAAGGCGCCCGUGUGUACAGCCAACUCACCGUGCAGAAGGCCUUCCUAGAGAAGCAGCAGGGCGGGUCGGAGCUGGAGGAGCUCAUGAGCAAGUUCCAUUCCAAGACCCAGAGGCGCGCAGAGGAGGACAGUUAG